CAGCCGCCUCGUCGCGCUUCUCCGGCUGAGAGCGCCGCUGCACCCCCGCGGCUGGCGAUGCGGGGCCCGGGCGCGGCCGCGCCGCGCUCACUCUUGGGCCUAUGCGCCCUGGUGCUGGCGCUGCUGGGCGCGCUGCCCGCGGGCGCCGGGGCGCAGCCGUACCACGGCGAGAAGGGCAUCUCGGUGCCAGACCACGGCUUCUGCCAGCCCAUCUCCAUCCCGCUGUGCACGGACAUCGCCUACAACCAGACCAUCCUGCCCAACCUGCUGGGCCACACGAACCAAGAGGACGCGGGCCUCGAGGUGCACCAGUUCUACCCGCUGGUGAAGGUGCAGUGCUCGCCGGAACUGCGCUUCUUCCUGUGCUCCAUGUACGCGCCUGUGUGCACCGUCCUCGAGCAGGCCAUCCCGCCGUGCCGUUCUCUGUGUGAGCGCGCCCGCCAGGGCUGCGAGGCGCUCAUGAACAAGUUCGGCUUCCAGUGGCCGGAGCGGCUGCGCUGCGAGAACUUCCCGGUGCACGGCGCGGGCGAGAUCUGCGUGGGCCAGAACACGUCGGACGGCUCCGGGGGCCCCGGCGGCGGCCCCACGGCCUACCCCACCGCGCCCUACCUGCCCGACUUGCCUUUCACCGCGCUGUCCCCGGGGGCCGCAGACGGCAGGGGCCGCGCCGCCUUCCCCUUCUCGUGCCCUCGACAGCUCAAAGUGCCCCCCUACCUGGGCUACCGCUUCUUGGGCGAGCGCGACUGCGGUGCCCCGUGCGAGCCGGGCCGCGCCAACGGCCUCAUGUAUUUCAAGGAGGAGGAGAGGCGCUUCGCCCGCCUCUGGGUGGGCGUGUGGUCGGUGCUGUGCUGCGCUUCGACGCUCUUCACGGUGCUCACCUACCUGGUGGACAUGCGGCGCUUCAGCUACCCUGAGCGGCCCAUCAUCUUCCUGUCCGGCUGCUACUUCAUGGUGGCCUUGGCACACGUGGCCGGCUUCCUGCUGGAGGACCGCGCCGUGUGCGUGGAGCGCUUCUCGGAUGAUGGCUACCGCACGGUGGCGCAGGGCACCAAGAAGGAGGGCUGCACCAUCCUCUUCAUGGUGCUUUACUUCUUCGGCAUGGCUAGCUCUAUCUGGUGGGUCAUCCUGUCGCUCACCUGGUUCCUGGCGGCCGGCAUGAAAUGGGGCCACGAGGCCAUCGAGGCCAACUCGCAGUACUUCCACCUGGCCGCGUGGGCCGUGCCCGCCGUCAAGACCAUCACCAUUCUGGCCAUGGGCCAGGUGGACGGGGACCUGCUCAGCGGAGUGUGCUACGUGGGCCUGUCGAGCGUGGACGCGCUCCGGGGCUUCGUGUUGGCACCCCUGUUUGUCUACCUCUUUAUCGGUACGUCCUUCUUGCUGGCUGGCUUCGUGUCUCUCUUCCGCAUCCGCACCAUCAUGAAGCACGACGGCACCAAAACCGAGAAGCUGGAGAAGCUCAUGGUGCGCAUCGGCGUCUUUAGCGUGCUCUAUACGGUGCCAGCCACCAUCGUGCUGGCCUGCUACUUUUACGAGCAGGCCUUCCGCGAGCACUGGGAGCGCACCUGGCUCCUGCAAACGUGCAAGAGCUACGCCGUGCCCUGCCCGCCCGGCCACUUUCCGCCCAUGAGCCCCGACUUCACCGUCUUCAUGAUCAAGUACCUAAUGACCAUGAUCGUGGGCAUCACCACUGGCUUCUGGAUCUGGUCGGGCAAGACCCUGCAGUCGUGGCGCCGUUUCUACCACAGACUCAGCCACAGCAGCAAGGGGGAGACUGCGGUAUGAGCCCUGGCCCUUCCCCCACCCCUUCCCUCACCCCCUGGCAGGGGGAGAGGCGCGGUAGGAACAGAACUGCUGGGUGGGGGGUUUCUGUCUGUAACCUCCGCCGCCGCCACUGAGCAAUGUGACCUGGAAGAGAGAAGUCAGUUGCAGAUUUGGGGCCCAGGGUGGGUUGGGAAAGGAGGCCUGGGUGGAAAGGCGGGUUAGGUGAAUAGAUUUCUGGCAUAAAGACUUGCAGAAUCUUGAUGUGACGAUAUGAUGAUGUUAAUCAUGUAAGGUACGGGCCGAUUGUGGGGCCUAUCGAGAAAACAGAGCUGCAGAGACUGCUGCGAGUUCUUCCCGGCGCAGGGGCUGCAAUGGAGCCGUGAGCGGUUCCUUCGCUGCAUGGAAAGUGGCCUGUCCUCACGCCUGUGAGGCCCGGGUGAAAGGUACAGCUCUGUCUGCGGCGGCCUCUUUGUUGGGAAGAGGGAGGACUCCCUGCGGUGUCCUUGUCAAGCGGUGGUCAAACCAUAAUCUCUUUUCACUGGGGCCAAACUGGAGCCCAGAUGGGUUAAUUUCCAGGGUCAGACGUUACAGUCUCUCCUCCGGGCCCCCUCCCGCCUGUUUUUCCUCCCCCAGCCCUUUCAAGUCUUGUAAAAUCAGCAUUUGGAAGUCUUGGGAGGCCUGCCUCCUAGAAUCCUAAUGUGGGGAUGCGAAAGAAAUGAUAAUAUUUCGAGAUGAGACAGAGGAGACAAGUCGUAGGUAUUUCUGCUACUUUUUAAUUUUCUGGGGAAGGCAGAAGAAAGAAUGGUGUUUUAUUGGGUUUAAUACCCUGGAAAGGAGUGAUGACUUGUUGCUUUUCAAAACAGGAAUGCAUUUUCCCCCGUCUUUGUUGUAAGAGACAAAAGAGAAAACAAAAGUGUCCCCCUGUGGAAAGGCGUAACUGUGAAAACAGCAACUUUUAUAGGCAAAGAAGCACAAAUCUGAGGUUUCCCUUUGGAUGUUAAUUUGGUUGAGGUAAACAUUCCUUUUUAAGGAAAAGUGAAGGACAGUGUGCUUUCAUACUUUACUAAGUCAGAGGUUCUGACUUGGCUAAAGAAAAUGGAAGAGGUUUGGUUGUUGGGUUUUGUUUUAAAUAAAUUUAAUUCAGAACACGAUUGGUUAAAAUGGUCGUGGAAAUUUCUCCAUUUUUUUUUUUUUUUAAAUAUCUAUAGGCCUGUAUUUAGGUUUUCUUUUUUUUUUCUUCCUCCAGUUUGAAUCCUUCAAGAUAAAAGGAAAAGCAUAAUGCCUUCAGCCUUAUAAUAAAGGAAAUUUAAAAAAAAAAGUAAAGAA